AUGAAUCCGCAUCACCAGAUUGCUUCUGAGAUUCAAGACAUCAAGUUAUCACUUGGUAGAAUCAAAGAAAGAAGUACAAGGUUCGAGUUUCUGUCUGAAAAUGAAGCAGGAAGGACUAAGGCUCCUAGAAUUGGUGACCCUCGAAUGGCUCCGUAUUUCAUUGAAGAGACUCAAGUUGUAGGAUUUGAGUCCGCGCGAGAUGAAUUGGUCAGAUGCUUGGUGGAGGAAAACAAUGAGCUCAUGUUGGUUGCUUUGGUUGGCAUGGGAGGACUCGGGAAAACUACUCUCGCAAAGCAUGUUUUUGAUAGCCAGCUAGUGAAAAAGAACUUUGAUUGUAGAUCUUUCAUCACUGUUUCGCAAUCGUACACCAUCAGAGAGCUGUUGACAGAAAUGAUAAAGAAAUUUUGCAAGGACAGCAACGAGCCUAUUCCAAGGGGUCUGCAGAAUAUGGAUGAUGAAACUUUGAUUAAUCAAGUGAGACAAUACCUUGAGUCAAAAAGGUAUUUGGUUUUAUUUGAUGAUGUCUGGAAAGAUAAUUUUUCUGAUGGGAUUGAACAUGCCUUAAUUAGUAAUAACAAAGGAAGUAGAAUCAUUGUGACUACUAGAAAAAUGCAUGUAGCUGAUUAUUUUAGGAAAUCUUUUCCUGUUCAUGUCCAUGAGCUACAACGUUUGCCUCCAGACAAAGCAUGGGAGCUGUUUUGCAAUAAGACGUUUAGAGGGCACUGUCCAACAGAACUUGAGGAGCUGUCCAGAGAAAUUGUUCAAAAAUGUGGAGGGCUACAAUUAGCUAUUGUGGCCAUCGGUGGUCUUUUGUUAACAAAUUAUAAGAAAACAAAUUAUAAUGCACACAUCUUGAGAGAGAAAUGUUAG